AUGGGUGAGCGAAAUGUUGAAAAAUUAAUUCGGCGAUACGUCGAUAAAAGAGAUGAUAAAUUAGUGGAUGUUGUAAAACGUUGUAUACGGCGUGGUUAUGAUUAUGAAAAAAUGAAGGAUCGUGUAAGUGAACAUUUACGUGAUUCGUUGUCGAGAAAAAAAUUAGUUGACGCAUUAUCGGAAGCUUUUCCACAAUUUGCACGACGACGAAAACAUAAGUUCGAGGAAUCUAAAGAUGGCGAAAUCGAAAAUAACGAGAAAAAGUCAAGAUUCGAUGAAAAACCACCAAAAGAUAUUUUAGUAACACCAGCGAUCAAUUCUACGAUUUUACCAGUUCAUUCGUUGAAGGUCGAAGAGAAAUCCGAAAUCACUGAAGAGGAAUUGAGAAGUAAGGAAUUGAUGUACCAAGCGCAAAUGGCGAUCGAAGAGCGAAAACGUCAAUUAAAUUUAACUGCUCGUCCAGGAAUUGUCGCUCAGAGUGUCAUAUCAAAAGCUUCAAAGUUAAAUACGAAAGAGGCCAGUAUGUUCGUUAAUUAUUCAAUGGAAAAAAUUAAUAGGGUAAAAGAACUGAAAGAAAAAGUAGCGCAGCGAGCAGCUGGUUUGACAACUAUUCAAAAAAGUAUUUCGAACGCUACGGCAAAAUCAAGCGGUGAAUUUGAAACGGAUCAGAAAAUUAUUGAAUAUCUUGAUCCUAGAAUAAAGUUAAAAAGUGCACAGCGAAAACAACGUUCUAUCAUCUUUCAUGAAAAAGGCGAAUUUGAAAAUUUGGCUCAUCGUGAGCGUGCCAGUGCUCGAUUAGCCUUAUUACAAUCAGAAGUCGCACAGAUAGCAAAGAAAACUGGAAUGUCUUCUUCUGUAAAGCUGGCUAUGCUUACUCCAUCAUCAACAUCUACGGUUAAUGAUAUUCCUGAAAUUGAAUGGUGGGAUGAAAUUGUACUCGAAAAUAAUGACUACGACUCAAUACCAGAUAAGAUGCUCGGUGAUGAAAGAUAUUCCAGAACCAUUUCUAAUUUAGUUGAGCAUCCUAUUCAGUUAAAACCACCAGAUGAACCUCUGCAACCGCAAUAUUUAAAGGUGUAUUUAACAGCUCGAGAACGUAAGAAAAUUCGCAGGCAAAAUCGAAAGGAAACGCAGAAGGAGCAAACUGAAAAAAUUAGGUUGGGUCUCAUAAAAGCUCCAGAACCUAAAGUGAAGUUAUCAAAUUUGAUGCGAGUGUUGGGAUCUGAAGCGAUUCAAGAUCCAACUAAAAUGGAAGCCCAUGUACGCAAACAAAUUGCUGAACGACAACGCAAGCAUCACAUUGAGAAUCAGCAGCGAAAAUUAACUAAAGAGCAGAAAACAGAAAAGAAAAUCAAAAAAAUAAAGGAAGAUACAUCACUCGCUGUUCAUACUGCAGUUUACAAAGUAAAAUCAUUAUCACAUCCAGCUAAGAAAUUUAAAGUUGAAAUGAAUGCGAAACAACUUCAUAUGACCGGUUGUAUACUUCUUCAUGGAAACAUAAAUCUCGUAAUUGUUGAGGGUGGUCCAAAACAACAAAAAGCUUUCAAAAAUUUAAUGAUGAAUAGAAUAAAAUGGUCAGAUGAAAUAAUUGGUCAAAAAAAAGAAGCUGAAAGUAAAGAUGUACCUGGCGAACGUAACGAAUGUGUUUUGAUUUGGGAAGGUUUAACAAAGAGACGAACUUUUAACGAAAUUAAAAUAUUGACAGCAACUUUAGAGAAACAAGCACGAGAAUUGCUUGAUAAACAUGGUAUUGCGCAUUUCUGGGACCUUGCCUAUAGUACGACAUUAUUAGCUGAAGAUAUAUCACUGUGA